AUGGGCAGCUCCGUUACUGUGGGGCACAUGUUCAAGCUGAAACACUUGACACGCGAGUACGGUGCCCAUUCCCACGGCACUUUGGGCCGGCUAUCCGUCGCUGGAACGGUUCCCGAUAUCGACGUAUAUAUGGUCUACGUUAUGUGCCACAGCUACAAACUUGCCUUGGUUAAAGCUCUUUGCCGGCGUAGCCCAGACUACGAUUUUGUAAAAAGUGUAUUAAAGAAACUUAUUUACACCGAAGUGGAAGUCAUCCCACUGCAAUUUGUCAUCCCUCGAUCUCAUCAGUCCAUGCAUGUUAACUGUCAUUGCGCAUGUAUUUCUUGUAGAAUUGGAAUAUUAAUUUUGUUUUUUUUUAGGUCUAAUUGGACAUUUGUAGGCAACCUGGAAGACCUACUCGGCUAA